AUGGCGUUGACAGAGACUGUCGAUGGAGGAGUAGAGCUGUCCCUGCCGCACCAAUCGCUUGGCAACACCUACAUCGAGCUCAUCUCGGAGGUGGUCAAGGACCUUCCGGGGGUGACACGCCUUAACCUCCGGGACAACCGCCUCACGGAUGUCGGCGUGCAGGAGAUCGUGGAGGCGAUAUGCGGCAUGGAUGGACACAGAGGGAUUCAGGUCCUGGACCUCUCCGAAAACAAGCUGGACACCGAAUCGGCCCAAUCUCUGUGUGCCUUCCUCAAGAGCCCUACGUGCUGCCUCAGAGAGAUCCUGCUUGCCAAGGCCGACAUCGACGACGGAGAGACUGCCAUCGUAAUGGAGGCGAUGCAACACAACCAUUCGGUGAGAUACCUCGACUUCAGCGACAACUCGAUCGGAGGGGGAUACGAAAAGACGCAGUUUUCGGGCGGUCCAACCACGGGCGGUGCUUCCAUAGCGCUCGCCCUCGGCGUGAACACCACGAUUCGACAUAUCAACCUCCGAUGGAACCUUCUUGGGUCAAAGGUAAACGAUGGACUGGUGUGUCUGGACCUAAGUUACAACGAGAUCUCCCCGACAGGCGCUCUCGUCAUCGCGCAAGCGCUGGAGAAUAAUGACCGCCUCGAAACCUUGCGCUUAGACGGCAACAGCAUCGGCUUUAACGGGGGUCGCACCCUCGUUCGAAGUCUAAACUACUGGACGCUGUCACGGACUCUAGGGCUGAAGAAUUGCAUGCUAGAAAGCCGGGCGAGGGUGGGGGACUGCUUCGACCCACUCUUUCCUACAGGAAAGUGA